UGCUUAUUGAGUUCAUAACGGAGAGCCUGAUAUCCGCAGACAAAAGCAACGAGAAUCCGACUAAUGAUCAUUUCUAUAAUCAGUUACCAGUCUGUUAUCAUUCCUACAGCCUGAUCGGACCAAUUACUAUUAUCAUUAUAAUCUGAUCUAACGCAGGAUUCGCUGAAGAGCUGGAUCGAACUUAGCUGUUGUCAUCUCUAACAAUCAUCUGUAGCAGUUACAGUCACUGACUGUUCAAGCUCGGGAGGCUGAGGUAGAGGAAAGCGUCUGGCGUGUUGUUGUGAAUGUGUUUGAGCAGUCAGAGGUCAGAUCCACACAAGCCGCUGGAAUGAGUGCUAUGAGGACAGAAGAUGCUGCUGACGGGAAGAGCACAGCUAAUGGAGGAGGAGUCGUGUGUCAGGAGGGAGGCGUCACCGUCCUCAGGCCUACAGAUCUCUCAGAGAUGUUGGCGGCAGGAACCAAAGAAGUUCACGAGAAGGCCGAAAACACCGAGUUUGUCAAAGACUUCCUGAGGGGACGCAUCCGCAAAGAGCUCUUUAAGCUCGGUCACGUGGCUCUAUACUUCACGUACUCGGCUAUGGAAGAGGAGAUGGAGAGAAACAAGGAGCAUCCUGAUUUGGCAGCGCUCUACUUCCCUCAUGAGCUGCACCGGUGGGACGCUCUGGCUCGGGACCUGCAGUACUUCUACGGCGAGGACUGGCAGGACCAGAUCAGCCUCUCUCCUGCCACUCAGCGCUACGUGGAGCGCAUCCAGCAGAUCGGCCGGGAUCAGCCCGCGCUUCUGGUGGCUCACGCUUACACCCGCUACAUGGGAGACCUCUCGGGCGGCCAGGUGCUGAGGAAGGUGGCCCAGCGCGCCAUGAAGCUGCCACCCACAGGAGAAGGCCUGAACUUCUACCAGUUCGACGGCAUCCACAGCGCCAAGGCCUUCAAACAGCUGUACCGCAGCCGGAUGAACGAGCUGGAGCUGGACUCGCACACCAAGCAGAAGAUCGUGGAGGAAGCUGUCCUGGCCUUCCAGUUCAACAUGGAGAUUUUUGGAGAACUAGAGGAGGUUGGAAAAAGCCUUCAGGGCGAUGUUUUGGAUGCCGCUCCUGUUCAUGGUGCUCAUGGUGCUCAUGGCGAGAUGCAAGGAGACAUCAGCCAGUGUCCGUAUUAUGCGGCCAAAAUGGCUGCCAGUGGCGGAUCAUCUUACAUCUGUCAGAUGGCCAUGAGCAUGCUUAAAAAUCCCUCCGGUCAAGUCAUAUUGGCUGCCUGGAUCGCUGCUCUAGCCGGAUUGGCUGCGUGGUACCUCAUGUGAGCUCCUGUGGUCCAAUGAGAGGAGAAAAGGGUCAGAUAAUAGUUGAGAACAAAUGGUUUGUUCCGCUUUAAAGUUGUGAGGCAUUCCAACACAUUUCCCUCUUAGUGCAUCCCAUUUGCCCCCUCAUUCUUGGGUAAAUGUGAUUUAUUCUUAAUGUAUGAACAUAGACUGUUUAAACGCAGGAUAGCAUCGUUUAUGCAUAGUGUUUUAUUGUGGCAGGUGUUACUAUUGCACCUGUCAGUUUUGAUGAAGUUAAAGGAACAGAUCACCCAAAAAUGAAACUUUGAUGAAAAUGUCCUCACCCUCAGGUCAU